UGCAAUUGUAUCUAUCGCCGGUACAUGUAGUGAAUCAAAGAAAGCAUCUAAUCUCCCUCCCCACCCGCCGCACUACGUUUCGAGCUCUCUAUCCAUCACCCACCCAUCGCCAGGUACACCUGGCCCCUUGUGCAUUAUGGCUUCUUACCUGCCCUCUCUGACCCACGACAACCUCUCUUACUACCUCGUUCCUGUCGCAUGGAUUCUCUCCAUUCUUCCGCACUUCUACGCCGUAAGCACUUACCAAGAAGCCACGAAAAAGCAACCGGACCUGGUCAACCCGCGCGAGCACACACGUAGUCUCGACAAAGACCAGUCACUCGACAGCAAGACCAAGCUUCGCAUCUUGAGGGGCGAGGCAGCGUCCAGCAACAACUUGGAGAACUUGGGCUUGUUCGCGGCGGCGGUCGUGGCUGGGAACACGGCCGGCGUUGGAGCCGGGUGGAUGAAUGCACUGGCGGGAGGUUACGUGCUUGCAAGGUUUGUGUACAACCAUGUAUACAUCUUCCAGGAUCUCGUACCAUACGCGGCCAGGACCUUGACGUGGCUGGUAAGCGUGUCGUGCUGCUUCUCCAUGUUCAUCAUGGCGGCGAGGGAGAUGAACAAGAAAACCCUGUUCUGA